CUAUUAAUGAAAACUAAAGAAUUUGAGUAAAAGGAUUAAUCUCAAACUUUAUCAAAUAGAAUAUCUAGUUCUAUUUUACCGAUUCAAAUAUCAAGUUUGAAAGUUAAAGGAAAUUGUAUUGAUAUUCAAGAAGUAAACUGAAUUUUUUUAUAAAGUAGAAAUAGUUCAAUUAGAUGUUGAAAAUUAACAUAGAUGAUAUUAAGAAAAUGACUUGGAUUAAAUUGUAAUAUAUAAUAUAAUUUUUUAGUGAAGAUAUUCACGAGGUCACUUUUGAGUAUAAAGAGAACUUCCAAGAAAAAUUUUUUAUUGAUUGUGAGAGUGGUAGUAGAGGGUUUUAAGAAUUGAAAAUCAAAGUGGCAUAAAGCAAUUUUUCAAAUAAUUACUAGAAACUUGAAACAAUAAAAUAAAUACAAAAUGGAGAGGUAUUUUAUAUCUAUAUAAUUUAUAGAUAAUCAAAUGUUGUAAUAGAGUAAAUAAACAAAUUUUUGUUGCAAAACUACAAAAGAAUAAUCAUUUUCUAAUAGAAAGAGAGCUUUAAAUAAAUUUACACAUUGCUUAGCAUUAGCAUUAAAAUGUAGCUAGUAUGAUCGAAUAUUAUUUUGAAAAUGAUCAAAUAAUACUUAUAUAUCCUUAUUUUUCUGGUGGAACCUUAAAUUAAUAUGUAAAUUCAAAUGCUAGUGACAUUAGUAAGGUAAAAGUUAAAUCAAUUAUGAAACAAAUAUUAUCAGGAUUAAAUCACAUCCAUAAUCUUGGCAUCAUACAUAGAGAUAUCAAAAUGGAUAAUAUUAUGUUAGAAGAUAUUUAUGAUCAUAAGAGUAUUAAAAUUAUUGAUUUUGGAUUUUCUGCUUUUAAGGAAAAUCUUAGUUAUUUAUGUGAGAAAUGUGGAACUAUUGGCUACUUUGCUCCAGAAAUCAUCAAUGGAAAACAUUACAAUGAAAAAUGCGAUAUAUAUAGCUUAGCCUAAGUAUUUCACGUAUUGUUGACAGGGAGUCCCAUGUUUGAUAGAAACUUGAAUAGAUAAUAGAUAAUAAGAUUAUCAAAACAUAAUUUAUUUGCCAUUGAUUAUAGAAAUGUCAAAGAUUAAAAGGCAUAGCAAUUAUUAUUUAAAAUGCUUGACUUUUAAGACAAUAGAUAUUCUGUAGUUUAAUGUAUUGAGCAUUCAUACUUUAAUAAAGCUUAGAAUUUAUAACUAAAGUAAUUAUUUAUAUUUAUUUAUUUAGAAUUCAAUCCGUUGAAACUUUACAAUUCAAGUCUCCUUUCUGAU